CCGAGCGGUAACGAGAAACGAGGACAUCAGUCGCGGCUUGUCCUUGCUUGAUGGUGGUCGCAGUAGCAGCACGUCCUCGGCUUAUGUUGCGUUGACGAAGUCGACUGUUUGAAAGAUCAUAUUAGUACUCUACUCGUGUUUUACACCGCAGCAGCAGUAGCAGCUUCGCGUUAUAUUUCUUUUGAGGGACACAAGCGAGCCUCCAAACAUGGCUCUUCGUCGUGCUGCCGCUGUUGAAACCUCUGAGAAUGCGUUGGCCGGCAGGCUGACGAGGAAGGGCAGCCUACAGCUGAAGCCGACCGCGCGGGCGACACUCGGUGAUAUCAGCAGCAAUACCAACAAGGCGAUCGACAAAAAGACGAUGCAGAUUAAGGAGCCAGUAGCCAAGCGGGUGCCAAGAGUGGUCCGAUCAAAGUCGACCGUGGUGAGGGUGCCGCUCGUUCCUGCUGCUGCGCCUAUCGUGCCUGCUGCUCCUGUUGUGCCCGUGGUUACACUUGCCCCUGUGGCAGCUUGCAAGCCUGCAAGAAUCCUGCUCGAAAAGAUGCCCUCGCCCAUUGCUAUGGACAUCUCUCAGAAGGAGGAAGACCUCUGCCAAGCCUUCUCUGAUGCACUGAUAAAUAUCCAGGACAUUGAUGCGGAAGAUGCGACGAACCCCCAGCUGUGCAGUGAAUAUGUGAAGGACAUAUAUGUUUACAUGAAGACCCUGGAGAAAGAACAAUUUGUUCAAGCCAACUACCUGGAGGGAAAGAAGAUAAAUGGCCGCAUGCGUUCCAUCCUCGUUGACUGGCUUGUACAGGUCCAAAUGAAGUUUCGGCUGCUGCAGGAGACUCUGUACCUCACCGUUUCCAUCAUUGACCGCUACCUGCAGAACCACGAGGUGCUGAGUGGAAGCCUGCAGCUGGUGGGUGUGACUGCAAUGUUCAUUGCAGCCAAGUACGAGGAGAUGUACUCCCCAGAGGUGGAGGACUUUGUUUACAUCACGGACCAUGCAUACACAAAGGCUCAAAUCCGUGCCAUGGAGCAGGCUAUACUUUUGGGGCUGAAGUUCAACCUUGGACGCCCCCUCCCACUACACUUCCUUCGUCGGGCAUCUAAGGCUGGCAGCGUUGAUGCAGAUAAACACACCUUGGCCAAGUACUUGAUGGAGCUCAGCCUGGUUGACUACCACAUGGUGCACUUCCAUCCAUCUCAGAUUGCUGCUGCCGCCCUCUACCUCUCCCAGAAGCUCAUGGACGAUUCCAAAUGGAAUCUGGAUUUGCAAUACUACACGACCUACACUGAAGAAGAGCUAAUGCCUAUUGUCCAGCAUCUUGCUAAGAAUGUAGUGAAGGUCAACGAGGGAGUGACGAAGCAAAUGGCCACGAGAAACAAGUACGCCAGCACCAAGAUGAUGAGCAUCAGCAAAAUUUCUCAGCUCAAGUGCCAGCUGGUGAAGGACCUGGCAAAGCCACAUCUUGAGAAGAAGUAAAACAGCUUUAUUCCAACGCCAAUGUACAGCAAAGACUUGGAGUGGACUGCAAGGUUUCUGCCAUUGUGCUGGAAGUUAAUAAGCCAGUUGACUUGAUGCCCUUGAUUUAAUUUUGAAAAGUUUUUGUAAUUAGACUUUGCAGGAUGGCUGCCGAGCCACUAGGUGUACUGUUGAGCACCAUGUGCUGGUGUGUGUAUAUAGCCUGCCAUCUUUAGAAUGCAUUUUUAUUUCCACUUUUAUAUCAUCUAUUUUACAUUCUGUACUUUUACUGAUUUUUAUUGAUUUCACUUGAAUAAAAUGACGUUUCUUCUUUACGCAAUUCUCUGCAUUUCAGAAACUGAAUUUUAAUGGCCAAGUGUGUUCUUAAUAGCUUAACUGCCUGUUAUCUGACUGGCCACAUCAGGCGUUUGGUUCGACUAAUUCGUGCCAAGUUGCAGUUGAAUGAGCACAUUUGACCUUGGAGCCUAAUGAGCAGCCUAACACUUCAACCUUGGAAACUUUUGCCCAACACAAUAGCUUUAAUGCUUUGACCGUUCAGUAUUGAACUUUUAAUAUAAGUCCGGUGCCAGUAACGUUAGCCUGGUCCUAGAAAAUGUGGUAAUGGUGUGAAAAUGUUUAGGAUUUGUAAGGGUAUGUAUGCAAACUGGUUUUAAUGCUCGAUUACUGCUUGGUUAGCAUGCGAUUUGUGACAUCUUUUAUUCUUUUUGGUGAUGUGUACAUUAAGAUAAUUUAAAAUGGACUGGCCUUCUUAAUAAACUUACGACAUGCUGUAAA